UUAGAAUAUUAAAAAGCAUGAACAAGUUCAACAAGUUUAGUGAAUUAACUUGCCAGCUGACUCAUUGUGAAGACAAGGCCAAGUACUUCAUUCCUUCCUUCUCAAAUUAUGUCUGUGGAGGAUGCAGACAAACCAAAUUCUUUGACGAAAAGGUCAUCAUUCUGUCAGACCCAGAAGAAGUCCUAAGGGCUUUGCAGUAUGUUGAAUACAACAUCCAAUCCGUAGAUGUAUGUAUGAUGCAAGAGCCUAAGCUCAAAGCCAAAUGGAGAGUGCUGCUUGAGUCCCUGGAAGAGUUCAAGCACAGAUAUGGACAGAGCAAAGUAGCUUUUGACAACCUCGUCAAGGAUCAACAAUGGGCAAAGCUUAGCAAAAUUCUUAAUGAACUUAAUUCUAUUCAGACAGAUUGGAAGGCCAGUAAGAUAUUCAAUGAGUUUCUCCACUAUGAGAGACAAGAGAGUAUCAGACUCAAGUGCAAAAAUGUAGUCAUGGAGAGUCUACCAAUGCAAGAAAAAGUUGCUCUCAAAGAGCAAGUGGACGCACUUCAGAGAGAGAAAAUUGGGCUUCAGCAUAACUAUACAACCAGAAUUGAUGAACUCACUGCUUUGAAUAAUGACAUUACAGCUGAAAGAGACCAGUUAGCCAGAACCCUCGAAGCCUCUAAUGCUGAAGUAACUGAUUUGAAAAACAACAACAGGGAGCUUGAAGCCAGCCUUGAGAACUGCCAGAAUGAGAAAGCUAUACAUCUGGACCAGUAUGAAGCUCUAAAAGAUCGCUAUGAAGAACUGAAAGAGUCUGCUGAUUUGAUGCCAAGACUAAGGCUUGCCCAAGACAUUGCUGCUGAGACACUCCAAAACCCUGAAUUCAAAAAGUACUUGGAUGACAUGUUUGAAUCCAAAACGUUCACAUGCUCAUUAGGAGAAGAAAGUGAUGCCAAAAUGUUCUCCUUUCUGACAAAAACACCUUCCCAAAUAUUGGAGAAAGUUGAGUUUUGGUCAAUCGGAAGAGUUAACCAAGCGAGCGGGAACUCAUUCCUGAGAACCUGUAUCCCUUCUUCCUUGGAGACUCUUCACCUGAGCUUCUACGACGGAGCUUCCUCUACUCCAUUGACUCCCUACUUGGCUUCAGUGCUAGCUCUGAAAAACAGAGUAACCGCCAAGCUGAUUUUGGGGAAUGUGAAGAUCAAGCAAUCUGAGCAGGAGCAGAUCAACCAGACUUUCAGUUAUCUUCAAGUCGAGUACAGCGAAAGCGCGGAGAUACUUGAAGAUUAACCAAUCACAGUUUAUAUUGAUUCAGUCC